CAAAUUGGCGCCAUUUUGAAGCUCGGAGGUGGAAGAGAGCUACGGAACAGAGGAGAGGAUACAAUUGAUUGCAAUUCAUAAAAAAGGAGCACUGAGCUGGGAGCAUGGCUCACUCUAAGGCUCGAGCGGCCGACGGGAAGGUCACCUACCCCCCUGGGGUCAAGGAGAUAUCCAGCAACAUCUCCAAGGAGGAGAUGGUCCGUCGGCUCAAGAUGGUGGUGAAGACGUUCAUGGACAUGGAUCAGGACAGCGAGGAGGAGAAGGAGCUCUAUCUCAACCUGGCACUCCACCUGGCAUCAGACUUCUUCCUGAAGCACCCUGACAAGGACGUUCGCCUCCUAGUGGCCUGCUGCCUCGCUGACAUCUUCAGGAUCUACGCCCCCGAGGCGCCGUACACUUCACCCGACAAACUGAAGGACAUCUUCAUGUUCAUCACUCGCCAGCUGAAAGGACUGGAGGACACCAAGAGUGCUCAAUUCAACAGAUACUUUUACUUGCUAGAGAACAUAGCCUGGGUGAAGUCCUAUAACAUCUGCUUUGAGCUGGAGGACAGCAACGAGAUAUUUACACAGCUCUACAGGACCCUGUUUCAGGUCAUUAACAACGGGCACAACCAGAAGGUGCACAUGCACAUGGUGGAUCUGAUGAGCUCCAUCGUGUGUGAAGGAGACAGCGUAUCACAGGAACUACUGGACACCGUGCUGGUCAACCUGGUGCCCGCGCACAAGAACCUCAACAAGCAGGCAUAUGACCUGGCCAAAGCCCUGCUGAAGAGAACAGCCCAGGCCAUAGAGCCGUACAUCACUAAUUUCUUCAACCUGGUUUUGAUGCUGGGGAAGACGUCGGUCAGUGAUCUAUCAGAACAUGUGUUCGACCUGAUCCUGGAGCUCUACAAUAUAGACAGCCACCUCUUGCUGUCAGUUCUUCCCCAACUGGAGUUCAAACUGAAGAGUAAUGAUAAUGAUGAGCGUCUCCAGGUGGUCAAGUUGUUGGCCAAGAUGUUCGGAGCUAAAGACUCUGAGCUGGCAGCACAGAACAAGCCCCUGUGGCAGUGUUACCUGGGCAGGUUUAAUGACAUCCACGUGCCCAUCAGACUGGAGUGUGUCAAGUUUGCCUCUCACUGUCUAAUGAACCACCCGGACCUAGCCAAAGACCUCACAGAGUAUCUAAAGGUCAGGUCCCAUGACCCCGAGGAGGCCAUCCGUCACGACGUUAUCGUCUCCAUAGUAACGGCGGCCAAGAAGGACCUGGCCCUGGUCAACGACGCCCUGCUGAACUUCGUCCGGGAGAGGACUCUGGACAAGAGGUGGCGGGUGCGUAAGGAGGCCAUGAUGGGUCUGGCCCAGACAUAUAAGAAGUACUGCCUGCAGGGGGAGGGGGGCAAGGAGACGUCCAAUCAGAUCGCCUGGAUCAAGAAUAAACUACUGCACAUCUACUACCAGAACAGCAUUGAUGACCGGCUGUUGGUGGAGCGUAUCUUUGCCCAGUACAUGGUCCCUCACAACCUGGAGACUACCGAGAGGAUGAAGUGUCUGUACUAUCUGUACGCCACCCUGGACACCAAUGCUGUCAAGGCCCUGAAUGAGAUGUGGAAGUGUCAGAAUAUGUUGAGACACCAUGUUAAAGACCUCCUGGACUUAGUCAAACUGCCUAAGUCUGAUGCUGGUAGCAAGGCGGUGUUUGCCAAAGUUAUGGUGAUCACUAGAAACCUUCCAGACCCAGGCAAGGCCCAGGACUUUGUGAAGAAGCUGGCCCAGGUCCUGGAGGAUGAUGAGCGGAUCAGAGACCAACUUGAGGCCCUGGUAUCACCGGCCUGCAGCUGCAAACAGGCCGAAGUCUGUGUGAGGGAUAUCACUAAGAAGCUAGGCAGUCCAAAACAGCCCAGUAAUCCAUUCCUGGAGAUGGUGAAGUUCCUGCUGGAAAGAAUCGCCCCUGUCCACAUUGACACAGAGUCCAUCAGUGCUCUGGUGAAGCAGGUGAACAAGUCGAUAGAUGGAACAGCCGACGAUGACGAUGAGGGCGUUCCCACUGAGCAGGCCAUCAGAGCUGGACUGGAGCUACUCAAGAUUCUGUCGUUCACCCACCCGGUUUCCUUCCACUCUGCCGAGACGUUUGAGUCUCUGCUGGGCUGCCUCAAGAUGGAUGACGAGAAGGUGGCGGAGGCGGCGCUGCAGAUCUUCAAGAACACCGGCAGGAAGAUGGAGGAGAGCUUCCCUCAUAUCAAGUCUGUUCUGCUCCCAGUACUGCAGACCAAAGCUAAGAGAGGUCCCCCUCGCCAGGCCAAGUACGCCAUCCACUGUAUCCACGCCAUGUUCACACACAGGGACACACACUUCGCCCAAAUCUUUGAGCCUCUGCAUAAGGGCUUAGACCCAGAAGACUUGGAGCAGUUGAUCACUCCCCUCACCACCCUGGGCCACCUGGCCCAGCUCGCCCCAGAACAGUUUGCUGCUCCGCUCAAAUCCCUGGUGGCUAACUUCAUAGUGAAGGACCUGCUGAUGAACGACAGGAUCCCAGGUAAGAAGACCACCAAGCUCUGGGUGUCGGAUGACGAGGUGUCUCCAGAAACUCUGGCCAAGAUCCAGGGUAUUAAGCUGAUGGUGAGGUGGUUGCUGGGAGUGAAGAACAACCUGUCAAAGUCUGGUAACUCCACCCUGAGGAUGCUGACAGCCAUACUGCACAGUGAUGGAGACCUGACGGAGCAGGGCAAGAUGGGUAAACCAGACAUGUCCAGGCUGAGGUUGGCCGCGGCGUCUGCCCUGCUGAAGUUGGCCCAGGAGCCCUGUUACCAUGAGAUCAUCACCUUGGAGCAGUACCAGCUCUGUGCCCUGGUCAUCAAUGAUGAGUGUUACCAGGUACGCCAGGGUUUUGCCCAGAAGCUCCACAAGGGCCUGUGUCGCCUGCGACUGCCCCUGGAGUACCUGGCUGUGUUCGCUCUGUGUGCCAAGGACCCGGUGAAGGAGAGACGGGCCCACGCCAGGCAGUGCCUGGUCAAGAACAUAAACAUCAGGAGAGAGUACCUCAAACAGCACGCGGCUGUCAGCGAUAAGCUGUUUUCCCUGCUGCCGGAGUACGUGGUUCCCUACGCCAUUCACCUGCUGGUCCACGACCCGGACUACGUCAAGGUCCAGGACAUUGAGCAGCUCAAAGACAUCAAAGAGUCCCUGUGGUUCAUUCUGGAGAUCAUAAUGUCCAAGAACGAGAACAACAGCCAUGCCUUCAUCAGGAAGAUGGUGGAGAACAUCAAGCAGACCAAGGACGCUCAGGCUCCCACCGACGCCAAGACUAACGAGAAGUUGUACACGGUGUGCGAUGUGGCCAUGAACAUCAUCAUCUCCAAGAGUACCACCUACAGUCUGGAGUCCCCCAAAGACCCGGUUCUGCCCACACGCUUCUUCACGAAACCUGACAAGAACUUCAGCAACACAAAAAACUACCUUCCUCCAGAAAUGAAGUCCUUCUUUACACCAGGAAAGCCCAAGGCAGCUAAUGUUCUAGGAGCGGUGAACAAACCCUUGUCCACAGCCGGAAAGCCCAUCCAGAGUAAAGCCUCUCGUAUGGAGACGGCCAGUAACGAUGACAGCACCUCCAACCCCAGCUCUCCACAACGCUCCAAGACCAGACAUGACAGUGCAGAGGACCACAGUGAGAAUGAAGACAUCAUGAAGAAAGGAGAUACUCCAGAAACCAAGGACAGCGACAAACCCCGGGGACGCAAACGAGUUGCCGCCACCAGUAACCUUGACGACGAUGCUUCUCCCAAGCCCAAGCGCGUCCGCAAGAAGGCCGCAGCAGCCGCUCCCAUGGCAACAGCCGACCCCGAGGACCAAUGGGGAGAAGACUCCCGACUCGCCGACUCCCAGGCAGAGGAUGAGCAGAACAGCCCGCCCAAAAAAGGACGUAGAGGCCGGCCUGCCAAAGCCGCAGUGGCCAACCAGGAGUGUCCGGCUAAAGGGAGGGGGCGGGGCCGGAAGAAGGCCACUCCUCCCCAUGAAGAGGAGGAGGAGGAGGUUGGAGAGGAGGAAGAAGAGGGCGAGGAGGAGAACAUUGAGGUGAAAGCGAAGGGAGGACGGCAGGCGCGGGCGUCUCGGAGGUCGACACAGAGCUCAGAGUCGGCCGAGUCCAGCCCAGUGAAGAGGAGGGGACGACCAGCCAAGACUGCAGCUCAGCCCACCAAGAAACAACCAGCGCGUGGCCGGGGGAAGACAGUGGCAGCCAAAGAUGAGUCCGAGGAGGAGAUGGAGGCACAGGCUGAGGAGGAGGAUGAGCAUGAGGAAGAGGAGGAGGAAGAUGAGGAACAGACCACUCCUAAAGGUCGACGGAAGACUGCAGGAAGGAGAAGAUGAACUAACGACUAAAAAUAAGGGGGAGUUGAUCCCUGGACGCUUGUCUUGCCUUUUCUAAAAGAGCAAGGGAUGGAGACAGAGAGUGGACUUUUCAGAACUUUUCAUACGCCAACACUCCUACCAUUACAAACAAACAAACACACACACACACACACACACACACAAACAAACACUCUGGUGACGUCAACGUCGUUAAACCGUAAGAUGUUCCGUGAGUCGUUGUGAUAUCGUCUGGCCAUGCUGUCUGUCCACAAAGAUCUCACCUGAUCACAACCUGAUGUGUAAAUAGUAUCUUUUAUGUCUGUGUUCUGAUUGGAUUGUCUUGUUGAUUCCGACUGACUGGGUUGUGUUCACCUUUGACCUCUUGCCCACGCAUCCCAGUUGGCAUCAUAUUCCCCUUCUGGCUGGCUUCUGAUCCUGGUUGGUUUAGUGCACUAUGGGGAACAGGGUGCUGAGGCUGUGCGGAGUUGGGGUACCGUUUCGGGAACCUGCUCUAAGUGCUCUAACAACUUUUAGCAAUAAUGUUUCACUGUCUAGUUCCCCCGUCUGUGAACACGUCGACUGAAGAUUACCGGCGCACUGCCAUGUUAUUCUUUUGUGACGUCAAUCAUGUGUACGUUUUCUCCUUAGUUAAAACAAAAAAAAAAAGAAGUAAAUGAAUUGGUUUACAGCAUUGUAUAUUCACGCCUUGUCGCAUUUCUGUUUAAGAAUGUGAUAUACCAGACAACUGAGAAUGUGGGAUUUCUCAAAUAAACCUUUUAGCGUUAGUUUGUUUUGCACCUGGCUGCGAUCUCUUUGGAUGACACCAAGUCUGUGACAUAGCCUGCCUCCCAAAUGUCACCCUUCUGUCUACAGAGUGCACUUCUUUGAUUAGAGCCUACUGGGAAUAGGGUGCUGUUUGGGAUGCUCCCGCUGUCACAUCACCCAGUCAGCCACUGUCUGUUGGCCUGUCUGUUGGCCUGUCUGUUGUAUCAAUAAAAUUCUCCAUACAACAGGG